AGAUCUCUUCUUUCUGCGGCAUAUGUGGACAGCUCAAAAUGGGAAAACAGGAAAAAAGAAGAGCAUAGCCUGGCUGAAUUGGCCACCUUAAUGGACAGGACCUAUGAGAGAAAGCUGCCUGUCAGCUCUUUGACAAUAUCCCGGUUUGAGGACAACAUUUCUUCACGAGAGGAAGUGGAUCAAGCUGAAUAUUACCUUUACAAGUUUCGGCAUAGUCCAAAUUGCUGGUAUUUGAGAGACUGGACUAUUCACAGUUGGAUCAGACAGUGCUUAAAAUACAAUGCAGAAGACAAAGCCCUGUACACAUUAAAAAACAAGGUUCAAUAUGGAAUUUUCCCAGAUAAUUUUACAUUGAAUAUUUUGAUGGAUUUUUUUAUAAAGCAGAAGAAAUAUGAAGAUGCUAUGUCAAUAGUAACAGAGAUCAUGUUGCAAGAAAGUUUUGAUGAAGUCUCCACGCAGCUUCUUUCUCUCUAUGUCUUACACCAGUACCUGGCAACCAAGUCUGAACAUACGUGGGAAGAAGAAAGAAAUCUUGGUGCGUCGCUGGUGCUCACUGGUCUAAAGCAAACAAGCACCGUGGGGUUUAGCUCCCAGCUGUAUGGCUAUGCCUUCCUUGGGAAAGUGGAGCUGAAUAAAGGACUAAGAGCUGUAUACAAACUAAUGCCACUGAUGUGGACACCUGGAUACUUGAAUAGAGCCUUGCAAGUGAUGGAGAAUGUAGCUUCCUUACCAGGGGACAGCAAAAUCUGCAAAGAAGCUAUUGAUAUUGUGGAGACCAUCUUGCAGUCUGCCCUUGAAGCAAAACCUGAUCCAGAACCAACAGAAGCUGAGAAGGCAGAGCAGAAGCCACAGUGGGAAGAGUCAGAAGAAACUGAGCAGUCUAAAAUACCUGAUUACUACAACCGAUUCAAGGAACUGUAUUCUAAGCUGCAUUCACUUGGCAAGGUUGAAUCUGAAAGCCUGUUAACCCUGACCACCCAACUUGUCAAGGAAAAGCUGCCAGCAUGUGAAGUGGAAGACAUUGCAAAACAUGAGCAGAAGCUAAAGGACUGGGAGAAAGAACAAGCACUUCUUACUGAGAGAGAGAGAGAGAUGAGAGAAAAGGCUAAGCAGGAACUGGAAGCUAGAAACCUGGCUAAGCAGGAACUGGAAGCUAGAAACCUGACUAAAGCAUCUGCUUAA